GUCAUAAUAAUUAAUAAUUAUGCAAAUACUUUGGGAGUAAAUUAUAAAUUAUGACGCGCACAUAUGUUUUGAUAUUUGGACAUUUCGUAGCUUGAACAUAACAGUUUAUCGAUUAUCGAUUAUCGAAUACGUUAGUUCGUUAAAUUUGUUCAAUCUAAGCACUCGGAUAUAAUUUGUAAUAAACGCAAGAGCAUUUCGGUGAAUGGACAUUCAGGUAUGCAGGUCAAUUAAUCGGUCCAAAUAUUUAAUUCUACUUUAAAGACAUAUUUCUUUCUCGAUGGCGGGAAAAUUUGUACUUACUCACUUGGCAGACCUGUUGCAGUGUUGUAUACAUACGUUUUAGUUCCCUGCACUUAAAAAUUUACAAUUUUUAUUUAUUUCUUUUUUUUACGAAUAUAAUCACAUUGUUGCUCUAGAAUUACAAUCUUCUGCACCAAAAUCUACAUCUUCCUUUCUUCCCCAGAUCAAGCUUGCAUAUCUACGAUCGUUACUCUCGAUCAGGAUGAAUCAGAAGAAUCACAAAUUCCACUCCAGUUCGGCCCCACAAAGCAUCGUGAUUUCACACGGAUACCACAGUGUUGAGGGAGGGGAGGUGAAUUUGUUACACGUGCCACGGUGGUGGCAGUCGUUCGCCAACCGUGACAAAACGAGCGUGCUCCGGUUGCCUGGCUACGAUCGCACGGUGCAUGCCGCACUUGCAGCCGCUGCUGCAGCUUGUGUAUACAGUAAAUUCCACGUAGGGUAGGGAGGGUGGAACAAGUGUUCCGAGCAACAAAUACGGGAAAAGCGAAAGAUGGCGACGGCGCAUCGGAACGUGCCGCAGUAGUGAUGCAGUGCGAGCGAGUGUCGUCGUUGUUUGCUCCGAUCGUACCGCGUGAGAUCGCUCGCUGAGCGGAGCGCGGCCAAAUGACAUGGGAAUUUGCAGCAGAAGGCAUUUUCUACUGACAAUAUGCAGUCUGCAACUAAUUACAACUAUAGAACGCCAAGUAUUCGAUUUUUUGGGGUUUAUGUGGGCCCCGAUACUGGUCAAUUUUUUCAACAUUAUCUUUGUAAUACUAGGAUUCUUUGGGGCCUUUCAAUAUAGACCUAAAUAUAUCAUAUCGUAUUGUAUAUGGAACACAUUAUGGCUAGGGUGGAACAUAUUUAUAAUAUGCUUUUACCUCAAUGUAGGGAUAUUGAACAAAAAUAGCGAUAUCCUUAACCUCGGUACUGGUAGUUUUUCAUGGUGGUAUGUGAAUGGACCAGGUUGUAAAGCCGUUUAUGACGUGACAGAACCAGAGCUUUUUCGACCUGCCCGACCUACUAAUGUGACAGACUGCGUAUUAAGUUACGAAGUGAUAGAAAUUUUACAUGCUGCAACACAAUGUGUUCUAGGGUUUAUGGCAAUUGUCGGUGGAAUUUGUCUCAGUAAAGUGUUCCUUGAGGAAGAUGAUAGCUUACGAACUAAACGAAAGAAGAAGCAGCCUCGGCCGUUGUACAGCAUCGAGUAUUCGCAGCCGGAGCCACCGGUGCAGGAUGACAGCGUGUCGCCGAAGCCGAUGACGCCGCGUCGUGUGAAGCGACGUUCCGUAAUCUCGCGGGAUGGCACACGGCGUUCCAGCACGCGACGCAGCUCGGUGCGACAGUCGCGCCGCAAGAACCCGGUGAACCGCAUCAUGGACCAUCAGGAGAGUCUGUACGCGAACACAGUCGCACCUUGCAUCGGCAACCUAACGAAUCAGAACGUCAGCUCGUUGGCGCAGGGUACGCUCAACUACGAUCGGAUCGCGGUCAACUGGGACCGCGAGCGAAACGCCGACCGAAACUGGCAGCCGGAGGCGGUCAACAUGGCGGUCUCGUCGCCAGUCCUCUGGCAGCCCCCGGUCACCCAGGACUCCUCGAAUAACUAUUCGAACGCGUCGUCCGGUUUCCCGGCCGGUCAGAGCCCGCCCGUCGGAUGUUGGGAUCAACAUCCGACCACCAGCUCCACCCGCAACCUCACCGACAACUGGCAGGCUUCGUCCGGCGAGCUGAACCCGAUGCAGUGGCAGGGUCAGAGCAACCCCACAUUCCAGCAGACCAGCACGCAGAGCCUGAACGGCGAGGACAUGGAGGAGCUCUACAGCAAUCGACCGGCCAGCGCCAGGUCCAGCUAUAGCAAUUACCAUGGCGUUAGAGCGACGCCACAGGUACCCAAUCGCACCGACGUUGUCAGGCAGAGUCAGCGACAAUUUGUUCUCAGUGGACCGCCCGCUUAUCAGGACACGGUGAUCUGAUGACGUGGCGAUCUGGAAAAAGCCUUAGGUAAACGCCUUGCGAAGACAGCGUCGAAAUAGUAAAUUGCAAGCGAUAGAAUUGGCCUUAUAGAAUCGUCUGCUCUUUAUCAAAUACAAUAAGUGAGGUAAUUGGUUGUAGGUAGAAUGAAUGAUAAUCCGCGUUCAUCAUCGCGGAUGAAAAUGGCACUAUUUUUGAUAGCGCUAGUCGCGUACGCGACGCUCUUGAUUCAACAGAAAAAUAACGUUGGUGAGAUAAGAUUUUAGAAAAUCAUAGCACGUAAUGUACAUUAUUUUCUUAUCGUUGAUUCGAAGCUGUAAUAUUUUCAGUUGCUUAAAUUAUCUUAAUAAUAUUAUAUUAAGAUUGCAAUUAAAAUGAUUGAAUUGUUUGAAAAUGUCUAGAAUUCGUGAUAGAAAAGGAAGCAAGAAGCGUAAUUUCGCAUAUUUCAGAGCUUUACUUGAUACAGAUUGAUGUGACAGAUCUCUACUAGCGUUGCAUCGUAUACUGUAAGAAAUAAUGUGUAUAGAAGACGCAACAUUACUUAAAGACUUGAAAGAGUCAUUAUUCACUCUCUCGAGUCGUUACGCAAUAAUAUUUUUAGAGAUAUUCAAGUUACUUGCAUUACUUGCAUCAUGAUUUAUCGUUUUAAUAUAGAUGAUGGUAAAUCCGAUGGUAAAUCCAUAAAAAUCCAUUGAUAUAGCGCGCAGUGGAAAACGAGAAAUCAUGUUUCAUAAUUGUUUACAGGCUUCAAAUCUUAAUUUUAAUAUCUUUUUAAUAUCUUUUUUUUUUAAUCAAAGCUUAUUGAAUUUCGAAUAAAGAUGUCGAAGUCAAUUUUUUAAUUGAACCUUUAUUUCAAAAUUGCGGAUAUAAAAUAAUGGUUAAAAUACAAUAUACAUUUAUAUUUCUAGACUGAUGUGUACUAAAUUGAGUAUAUAUAUUUUGUAUUAUAUAAU